UCGGUAACGGCUUUCGCUGAUCCAUCGCCUUCAAAGUCUCAAACUCUCUUUUUUUUUUCUCUCUAUAAAAUCGCAACUUCCUCUGACUUUUCUGAAUCACUCAAAAUUUGUUUUCUCUAUCUAUCUCCUCCACCAAGCUUCAUAGCUCGCAGCAACAACAUCAGGAUGUUGGAGAAAAAGGUUGAGACUUUCAACAUGAACAGAGUAAUCGAAGACUUCGAGGAAAUGAGCAGAAACGCUGAUCAAGUCCAGAUACAAACCUUAAAAGACAUUCUACUCAAGAACCAAUCCGCCAUUUACUUAAAAAACUUUGGGAUCAAUAAAAACACAACAGACCCAGAAGCUUUCAAAGCAUUGGUUCCAUUAGUCACUGACUUUGAGUUAGAGCCUUACAUCCAAAGAAUGGUUGACGGUGACACGUCACCCAUUCUCACCGGCCGUCCCGUUCCAGCCAUCUCCUUAAGCUCAGGAACUAGCCAAGGCCGUCCAAAGUUUAUUCCUUUCACUGAUGAGUUAAUGGAGAACACAUUACAACUCUUUCGCACUGCUUUUGCCUUCAGGAACAGAGAGUUCCCAAUAGAUGACAACGGGAGAGCUUUGCAGUUUAUCUUCAGCAGCAAGCAAUACACAUCAACAGGAGGUGUCCCUGUUGGCACCGCAACAACAAACGUUUACCGUAACCCCAACUUCAAAUCCGGAAUGAAGUCUAUACAGUCCCCUUGUUGUAGUCCAGACGAAGUUAUCUUCAGCCCUGACGUCCAUCAAGCACUCUACUGCCAUCUCUUAUCAGGCAUCCUCUUCAGAGACCAGGUCCAAUACGUCUUCGCCUCCUUCGCUCACGGCCUCGUCCACGCUUUUAGAACCUUUGAACAGGUCUGGGAAGAGAUCGUUACCGAUAUUAAAGAAGGCGUUUUAACCAGCCGUAUCACCGUCCCAUCGGUGCGUAUCGCUAUGUCCAAGCUGCUCAGGCCUAACCCUGAGCUGGCGGACAUGAUCAGAGCCAAGUGUUUGAGUUUGAGCAACUGGUAUGGGUUGAUUCCCGCGCUUUUCCCGAACGCGAAGUAUGUCUACGGGAUCAUGACUGGCUCCAUGGAGCCGUACGUGAAGAAGCUGAGACAUUACGCUGGCGAGCUGCCUCUUGUGAGUCAUGACUACGGUAGCUCUGAAGGGUGGAUUGCUGCUAACGUUACGCCGAGGUUGUCUCCGGAGGAAGCUACGUUUGCUGUGGUUCCGAAUCUCGGUUACUUCGAGUUCCUCCCUGUGUCUGAAACAGAGGAAACAGAGGAGGAACCGGUCGGUUUAACUGAAGUUAAAAUAGGACAAGAGUACGAAGUUGUAAUAACAAACUACGCAGGAUUGUAUAGAUACAAGCUUGGAGAUGUGGUGAAGAUCAUUGGUUUCUACAACAAGACUCCGCAACUCAAGUUCAUUUGCAGGAGGAACCUGAUUCUUUCCAUCAACAUUGAUAAGAACACUGAGAGAGACCUUCAGCUUUCUGUGGAAUCAGCAGCAAGGAGACUCUCACAAGAGAAGAUUGAAGUCAUUGACUUCUCAAGCCACGUUGAUGUGACUACAGAGCCAGGACAUUACGUUAUAUUCUGGGAGAUUUCUGGUGAGACAGAGGGAGAUGUUCUUCAAGAUUGCUGCAACUGUUUAGACAAAGGGUUUAUCGAUGCGGGUUAUAUGAGUUCUAGAAAGUGUGAGACUAUUGGAGCUUUGGAGCUGAGAGUUGUGGAGAGGGGGACUUUUAGGAAGGUUCAGGAGCAUUUUCUUGGGCUUGGUUCAUCGGCUGGACAGUUUAAGAUGCCAAGAUGUGUGAAGCCUAGUAAUGCUAAGGUUCUGAAGAUUCUGUGUGAGAAUGUGGUGAGUAGGUUCUUUAGUACAGCUUUUGACUGAGUAUUGUGAAAUCAAGAAAAGUGAUUUUCUGUGAA